UUUAAGAAGCAAAAAGGUCCAGCGAGAACAGCAAACCGCGAAAACCUCGACGCCAUGGCUCGCCUCCUCUCCCUAGCUCGGAGAUCCCUCUUCCUCAAAUCCCUAUCGCGAACACCUCCGUCUAUUUUCUCAUCUUCGCGAUCAUAUAUAUCCGAGAUGCGCCGCUCCGCCUUCAAGGAAAACCUUCUCCGCAUCCUCCGCACGGAGAUCACCUACGAAUCCGAAUAUCGUCCUCCCCUGCCGCCUGCAACAAGCUUCGAUUCUUUCUUAGUGGAGGACAAUAUGGGGGAGCAGUGGAUUCGGCUGAGGCGUAAGUACGGUGAUGCAGAAGACAUUAAAAUCGACGCCAUCAUGUUCGAUGGAGCUUCACCUCCGAGGCAGGCGGCGGCGGAUGGAGGGGAGGAGGAACCUCGGUUGCACAUUAGCCUCAUUGUGGAGGUAUCCAAAGGCGAGGCUUCGGAUUUUGUCCUGCAGUUUGUUUGCUCGGCAUGGUCCGAUUCUCUCGAUGUAGAGAAGGUCUUUCCAGUAUCCCGUGGUUCCCCUGCGAUCAGGCCCUUCAUGGGUCCUAAUUUCAAGGAGUUGGAUGAUGAGCUGCAGGAUGCAAUAAGGAGUUACUUGGAGGAGAGGGGGGUGAACGAUGACCUUGCUGAGUUCUUACAUGAGUACAUGGCAAACAAGGAUAAGUUGGAGUUUAUUCGCUGGAUGAGGAAUGUGGAGUCUUAUGUGAAGAAGUAGAGUACAUUUUCCAAGCAUCAAUUCAUCUUUCACGGGGAAAUGUUUUCUGUACCGGGUACAUCAAUGCAAUCAGCAUUACAAGAUCAAAGUGAGAAAGGGAUUUGCUUGAAAAGCUAAUUGCUUCAAGAUGUAGAAGAUAUCCUUUACUGGUAAUUUGGUCAUCUAGAGCUAUUGAAAUUAUUUCAUACCUUUCGUUUGGUUGUGCCAACCUUGAGGCAGUUUAACAGAACCGACUGGAAUCUUUUACAGUUCAAGCUUUAAAGCACUCUGACGAUACCACCUGAUACUUAAUUGCUUGUAUUAUGUAAAUCUCAUUAGAAAUUUCAUAAACAAAUGUGUUUGUUUUCAGAUUUUGCUUGAAACAUCAGAAUUAUUCCUGUAAAAGAAUUUCUCAUUUAUUAUGAAUCUAUUUUGAAAUUUAUCUCUGA